AAAAUAAAGUCCUGUUCCUUGUCGAGCACAUUCUACUGCGACUCACGGAAGGGACUCCAUUCGAUACUUGUUGUUAUUAUCCUGAGCUAACUGUCAACCAGAGAGCCACCUGUUUUAAACCCAAACGUCACAAUGUCUUCAGACUUUGAAGCCUACGAGCAGGACUUUGGAACCCUUACAGCAGAAGUAACAAACAAAGUUGGCAGAAUUCCCAAACUGAGCGGAGAGGAGAAGACACAGCUGGUUCUAAAUGUCGACAAACAGCUUGAAGAAGUCAGAGAGUUGCUGGAGCAGAUGGAUCUGGAGGUGCGGGAGAUCCCCAUCCAGAGCCGAGCCAUGUACAACAGCAGACUGAAGAGCUACAAGCAGGAAGUGGAGAAGCUGGAGAAAGACUUUAAAAGGUCACGUAUUGCCUACAGUGAUGAGGUGCGCAACGAGCUCCUGGGGGAUGAUGCCAGCUCCUCGGAGAACCAGUUGAUAAAGUUACGUGAAGAGAGAGCGCAUCUGUUGGACAACACAGAGAAGCUGGAAAGGUCAUCACGCAGACUGGAGGCUGGCUACCAGAUAGCAGUAGAAACUGAACAAGUGGGACAGGAGAUUCUUUCCAACCUGCACAGUGACCGUGAGAAGAUCCAGAGAGCCAGAGAACGGCUGAGAGAAACGGACGCCAACCUGGGCAAGAGUUCUCGCAUCCUUACCGGCAUGCUGAGAAGGUAAGAGGCAGGAUCAUCCAGAAUCGUGUCCUGGUCUUCAUCCUCGGAGCCAUCAUCCUUCUCACCAUCAUCCUGGCCAUCUAUUUCAAUCUGCGGGGCCACUGAUCUCCCCUCUGCCCACAUACACACACUCUCCUCCCCUGACACAAAUACAAACACACACACGCGUGAUUAAUAGCGACAAAAGCGUUGUUCUGCUGUAAUUAGGACAAAUGGUCCCCAUGAAUCACUGUUUCCAAAGCCUGACAGCGAGCUUUUUUUCCAUGUCUUUCUCCUUUCCUGUUUGCUGUUUCUUUCUCUCUCUCUUUCUCUUCUCUUCUUUCUUUUUUCUCCUCUCAGUUUUGCUCUCUCUCUGUCAGGCUAUCUCAUACAUCUCCAGGGAUAAGAACAAGAUGUUUUUAUGAUGGUUAAUAUUUUUCAUGGUGUCGUCCUCAGUGUGGUUCUGCAGCCCAUCCUGUCCCCAGGUGAACACGGCCUGGGGAUUUUUUUUGUAACUCAAAGCAGAUUCAGAUAUGUAGAUUUGUUUUUUCUUGUGAUGGAGGUGGGUCAAGUGUUAUUCGGGAUGUACGUGCGUGCAUGCAUACGGAACAGAGAGAAAGAGAGUCCACAAAUAUGUAUGUUCGCAUGUGCAUGAGUGACAGUCAUGGAUGGACACUGUGUUUGUUAUAACAGUAGACACACAUGCUGUAGUAUGUAUGAGCUUCUGUAACUAAAUGAUUCAGCUGUUCUUCAUGUAGCUCAUACAAAGCACAGAGGACAGUGCCUUCAGAUAAGAUAUGCUGUUCACACUCCUUCUUUAAAAAGCUCAGCGGAGCCCAAAAUAGACGAGUGGCGCAGCCUUGAAAAGAGAGGAUGCACAUAAAAAAAGGUUGAGGUCAGUUCAACUUCAGUUCAGUCAGUCAAGGUGAGAGGUUUGUUUGUUUUUAGUUGCUACGCUCAGGAGAGACUGUAUGAAUAUUUCCACAAAGUUUUGAGAUUGAAAAAAUGAAAUAAAAUCAACUUAUUUUAAUGUUUUUAAUACAAAUGGAAACUGACCCCAGCCUUGGCACAUUCGAUACAUAAAUACAAUACAGAGAACAGAAACUACACAACAUAACCAGCUUUAAUAUCCACAUUUGGUACAAUCCUCCCGCACCUCCCAGACAUUCAUUCCUGCAGACUUUUUAACAUCUUAAUCAUUGUGGAAAAUUCUAGGCAUCACACUGUAUGUACUAACAUUUAAAUCUACAUCAUGUAUAGUGUUUUGCUCUUAAUACAAGUUAUUAUUUAUUUAUAAAUGCAAUUAACGUAUCCGUGUUAGAACUGUAUAUUUUAUGAAGUUAAAAGGUAUUCAGAAUUAACAUUAAGCACAUGUUUUUUUUCUUUUGGGUGUUCAGUGAUUAGACUAUAAAAUGCAAACUGCACACCAGGACCAACUGAAAUGUGUUGAUUUCAAGUUUUGUGUCUUAUAAAGGUUUUUUUUUCUCUCCUUCUUCUGUUCUUAUAAAUGGAUCUAACUUGUUUUAGAACUGGCACUUUUUUGUUCUAUAUUUUUCUUGUCAAGUUCUAAAGAUUGUGAUGCAGUCCUUGUUUCUGUGUUUAUCUGUACGCUGACUUAUGAUGUGAUACAUUUGCAGGUGUUUGAAAAAAAAAUCUGUGUACGUGAGUUUACUGCUGCUUAAUUCUUCAGGGGAAAGCCAUUCUUCAGGGGGUCUUGAAAAAUCUAAAUUUAUGAGCAUUAUAUGGAGACAUUUUUCAGAAGUUGAGAUACAUGAAGGUAACGCUGACACACACACACACACACACACACACAGAAGUAUUGGAGUGUCUCCUGUGGUCGGUGUGGUGGUUCCCGGCGAGGACAUUUGCUAUUCUGUUUCAGGGCCAUGGUCUUCAUUUUCGAAGACGCGGGGGUGUCGGGGUGGUGUUCCCCCCUGCCCCACCCACCCCAACCCCCCUCCAACCCACCACCAUUUCACAGGCCCUCACUAGCCGCAGCGCCGCCGUCUGCUUCAAAGCCCCAAAUUAAUGGCCAACAAAAUAGCGUGCCUCUGACCGUCCCAUGCGGGGCUGACCCACCAAGACUUAUCAUUAAAGUGGAGGAAUAAUGAAAAAAGGAAGGAAGCAAGAGAGGAUGGAAGGAAGGAAGUGAGGAAGGAAGGAAGCAUGGAGGUAGGGGGUGAAGGGGGGGUGAAAUCCCUGGCAGUUUGACAAACCUCAUCUGGUGAUGACCCUCAGUGAUUGUUUUUUCACCCAGUGCACAGUGUGUGUGUGUGUGUGCAGCCUACCUACGUGCCGAUGUGCUCUCUUCUCCUCCUCUCUCUUUCUAUCUCUCCCCAUCCCCUCUUGCUCCCCCUUCUCUCUACCUCUCCUGCCACCUUUUCUCCUCCUCCCUGUCCUCCCCUCCCUCCCUCCCUCCCUCCCUCCCUCCCUGCCUGUCAGAUGAGCGGAGCAGUAGCUAGCGAGUGAGCGGUGGAAGGCAGCGUGGCGGCGGCUUCUAUUUGAAGUUGUAAUGGUGUCAAAAAGUCAGGGCUGACUGACAGACGUCAGUCCCACAGGGCCUCAUUAAAAACAGACCCACUUGACAAGGAAAUAAUUGAGUGCCGGCGACAACUCGGGGGCCCCUCCGCGUUUUUAGAUGUUUUUAUUUUCUUUUCAUUAUUAGCGCCGAGCUAUUAUGUUCAUUAAGAAAUGGCAUUAAAACAAGUUUUUAAAAGCGGGGAAAUGGAGGGAGGGGCAGAGGGAAGGCAGGAUGCAUGGAGGUGGGAAGAUAACGAUUUGUUUAGAGCCCCCGUCCUGUUUUAUUAUUUAAACAGGAGCACUGUCAUGUGAUACCUUGGCAGACGUCGGCUAUCAUCUGCCACUCCUCCCUUUUUUCCCCUUCUUUUUCUCCUUUUUUCACUCAUCCCUCUCUUUCCCCCAGCUUUUAUCUCCCCCUCCUCUGUCCAUCUCUCUUUCUCCACCUGCCCAUCUCUCUCUCUCUCUCUCUCUUCAUCCCUUUCUUUCUCUCCCUCUGAGCGGCGGGUGUCAUUGGAAUAUGAACUAGAUUAUUCAUCAAUCCCCCCUACGCCCCGCUACCACUCCCCCCAUUCGCUGAUUUGGUUUUCGACAAGCGUCUCUCCGCAGAAGGC